AUGACCGACGUGCUGUGGUCAGCGCUCCCCAACGGGACCGAGGUCCCUCCCUCCCCGGGCUGGUCCUCGGGCAACGCCACGGGCACGGCCGCCAGGUGCUCGCUCACCAAGACGGGCUUCCAGUUUUACUACCUGCCCGCCGUCUACAUCGUGGUGUUCAUCACGGGCUUCCUGGGCAACAGCGUGGCCAUCUGGAUGUUCGUGUUCCACAUGAAGCCCUGGAGCGGCAUCUCCGUGUACAUGUUCAACCUGGCCCUGGCCGACUUCCUGUACGUGCUCACCCUGCCCGCGCUCGUCUUCUACUAUCUCAACAAGACGGACUGGAUCUUCGGCGACGGCAUGUGCAAACUGCAGCGCUUCAUCUUCCACGUGAACCUCUACGGCAGCAUCCUCUUCCUGACCUGCAUCAGCGUGCACCGCUACACCGGGGUGGUGCACCCGCUCAAGUCUCUGGGGAGGCUCAAGAAGAAGAACGCCGUCUACAUCAGCGCCCUGGUGUGGGCCGUCGUGGUGGCCGGCAUCGCGCCCAUCCUCUUCUACUCGGGCACCGGCGUCCGCAUCAACAGGACCGUCACCUGCUACGACACCACCUCGGACGAGUACCUGCGGAGCUAUUUCAUCUACAGCAUGGGCACCACCGUGGUCAUGUUCUGCAUCCCCUUCGUGGUCAUCCUGGGCUGCUACGGGCUCAUCGUGAGGGCGCUCAUCUCCAACGACCUGGACAACUCGCCCCUCCGCCGCAAGUCCAUCUACCUGGUGAUCAUCGUGCUGACUGUCUUCGCGGUGUCUUAUCUCCCCUUCCACGUGAUGAAAACGUUAAACCUGCGAGCCAGGCUGGAUUUUCAGACCCCGGGAAUGUGCGCCUUCAACGACAGGGUGUACGCCACUUACCAGGUGACGAGGGGGUUAGCUAGCCUCAACAGCUGCGUCGACCCCAUCCUCUAUUUCUUGGCGGGAGAUACUUUCAGGAGAAGACUGUCGAGGGCCACCAGGAAAGCUUCGAGAAGAAGUGAGGCAAACCUGCAAUCAAAAAGCGAAGAUAUGACCCUCAAUAUCUUAUCAGAGUAUAAGCAGAACGGAGAUACGAGCUUAUGAACUGCACACACGCAAAAAGGUUCCCAAACACCUCGUUAAAAACAGACAAACAAUAAAAUCCUAUGGUGUAAUGAUAAACAGAGUCAGAAAGAAAUUGAGGAGGGUCUAGGGUGGGGAAACCGUACCACUUGGCUGUCAAGUACUUUUUUAAAAAAAAAAAUUCCUUUUAUGAGUUUAGAAAGAAUGUAAGAAAUAAGAGAUCAGAAUAUUCUGAAGCAGAGAGGGGGAGAGAGAGAGAGAAAAGGAGAGAGAGAGACAGAGAGAGAGAGAGAGACAGAGAGAGAGAGAGAGACAGAGAGAGAGAGAGACAGAGAGAGAGAGAGAGAGAGAGAGAGAGAGAGCCUUCCCCCUGUACUAAAGCCUUUUAGGUUAUUUUUAAUUGGAUCACGGUCACUUUCCUUAAGGUUAAAUAUAUUAAAACAUUAAAUAAUUCAAUUUAUGCCAUUUCAAAAUUCUCCACUCUCAAAUAUACAUAUAUGCACUCACUUUAUAUUUGGAAUAUUUUUGCAUUUAUAAUUUCUCCUAAGAUAUAUGACUGUCUUAGACUUUAGGUUGUGCACCUGUAGUUAUUAUUAUAAUUAUUAUUAUAUUUUACAAUCCACAUGAGCAUCCUACUGAUUUCCACCUCCUCCAAAUAUUUAGCAUUAGCUCAAAUCAGAAAGCAAUUCUCCCAAUUCUCUAGGUAGCAAGUGAGCUGGCUCCUGGACUUUUUUUUUUUUUUUUUUUUUUUUUGGUAAAUGAGUGUAAGUUUCUGGCUGUCUUCAGUUGGAAGAUGGCUAGAGAUGUCAUUGAGUUGAAAAUCUUGAAAGGUGAUGAUUUUCUAAAUCUAAUUUUCAGGAAAACUGUUCAUUAUAUUUUGGGUGUUAAAUGUUUGGUGGUGGAAAUCUGUAUUAAUUGUCAUUGGAUAAAGCACCCAAUUUAAAUAAUGAUAGCACAUAGGUUUUGUUUCCUAUGAAAACUUAAGGUCUUGGGAUGUUUGAAAUCUCCUUAAGUAAACAUGCUGUUUAUUGGCACUGUUGCUGUUUAAUGACGUAGGGGGUUGUUUGUUUUCCUGGAUGAAUGCAUAUCCACAUCUGUAAAAACAUUAAAAAAAAAAGAAGCAACUCUGAACUGAUGAUUUACAAGGCAAACUGACUGAAGUUGAAUGCACAAGUUAAGGCAAAGUGGAUCUGGGCAUUGUUAGUGUUUGAGGGUGAUUGGCAGCCGUCCAAAAUCUGCGUGCUCCAGAUAUUAAAAAAAAAAGAAAGAAAUGAAGCCAUGAGGCUGAAACUUAAUUAUUGUCAUAUAGGGAUUGUAACAAAAGUGCUGGUAAAAGGGACCUUUUAAUAUUAUCCUGGAAUGUCUGAAACAGUAGGUGAAAAGGCAUAAAUUAAAGACUAUCUUAAAGUUUUAUAAAUUCCAUUUAUAGAAUGACAGAGUAUGAUCUGGCCUCACUGGUCCUCAUUUUUAAAAAUGGGAUAGAAAAUAUUGUAUUUAAAUACAUGAGGACAUCCCUUAAUAGUAUGGCAAAGCAAGUUAAAUGAUUAAUCAUAGAAAUACUUUUUUUUAACUACUUCACUUUAAAGAGAUGGCUAAUGGGGGGGUGGCAUUUAUACUACAGGUUUCCUCCUCUGGACAUUAACCUGUCAAAUGCUUCCGACUUCUCUAAUAAUGCUCAUUCUGUGUUUUAACACAUUUUGAAUUCCCACUCAGGCCCAGCCCUGUGAUAUUUUUUUUCACUAUAGUCAAACUGCAUUGUACAACCUUAUUGAGGUGAAUAUACAUCCCCCAAGGAUAGUUUAAUAAAUGUAGUUUUCAGAACGAAAAUGAACAGUUUUCUCUAAUGCAUACACUUCAAGCAGAGGCUGAUGUGGUCAUCAGUCACUGUAUUCUUUGAGGGUGUGGAACAUAAGGUUAGAUCUGGAGGUAAACAUGUGGGACAUAGAGUGAUAGCUGAAUCAAUCCUGUAUUUGAGCCAUUGAAUAACUUUUCAGAGCUGGGAGGACCCUUUGAGGUCAGCUAGUCCAAACCUCUCUCCUCACCGCCAGAGAGGAAUGGCGAUUCUCUUGGUUUGAAGGUUUGUCAAAGUCUUCCAUGUGUCAUUCGUCAUCAUCCAUUUGUAGUUUUACACGGGGAAAACAAGUCACCAAAAUACGCAUAGCAAAUCAGAUAUGGGUGAAAUGGAAAUAUACAUAGUGAUGUUUCAAACCUCAGUAGAUAUUUGCUAAGUAUCUUACAGCAGCAAAUGGAGGGAUUAUUCCUAUGAUUCACGACAGGAGAACAGAACAUAAAACACAAACUAUUUAAUGUCUAUUUACCCUAGUGAUCACUGAAGCCUUGUGUUGUCUGUAGCAACAUUAAAUACCUCAGUGACUGAAAAAAAAAGGAAGGCCCAUGUCUGCCCAAUAAGUGAUGUGUCUCUAGUAGCCCAAUUCUUCCAUUUAUGUUAGUGUCUUUUUAGAUCACAGGAUGUCCAGGCCUGUGCAUCAGGCUGCUUUCCGUGCUAGCCUAAUUGUAUUGAAGAUGUCAACUCUGCAUUAUUUCAGGUCCUAGAGGACUUCCUUUCAGAGUAUUGUGAAGCUAGUAAAGGGAGUUGGGGGUGAAUAGAAGUGCCCUUUUACUAUUUGGAAUGUUUCUUUCAGUUUCCUACUUCAUACCUCUCAUAGGAGACCAUAAUGACAAGUAAGGAAUCAUGAAACCAUGCCAAAAAGUAACAAAAGAUUAUUUGGCUGACUACUUGCAGGCAGCCUCCAUGGCCCAACAGGGAUCUAUGGGAGCUGUGUCCAUCCAGUUUGAAAUAAACUGGGGAUCAGGUUGAAGUGAUACAUUCCUUUGGUUACAGCAGCGCCUCACAAACCUCCCAAAGCCUGAAAGGACAAUUCGAGGGACCUGAUGAUGUAAGGUCUUAAAUCUUGAGUGCGGCAACAUGUAAGGUGUUGAGACAAGUGAAUUUGUUAAUGUGCUGUAAUUUAUGUUUACUCAAGUACUCAAAAGUGAUGAAAAGUUCUGAACCCAGAUGUUUCUCAGGACCAGAGUCGUCAUUGCUGAAAACUUGCUGAAUCUAUUUGCUCCCUGACCUGAAUGGGUAAGAAAUUGAGAAGAUUUGGAGUGUGGGUCAGGAUUUCUAAAUUCUAAUCCUGCUUUGCCAGUCAGAUAAUCCCCUGUUGAUUUCAAAUUCUACGACCCAUCUUUCCUCUCGUUGUUUAAAGAGGGAUGGAGUAACUCUUCUGUCACAAGAACUUUUAAGAGUCUGAACGAUACUAAAACACAUCCAAUAUGCACUAUUGUUUUCCAGAACUACUCAAUUUCAGGCACUGGCUUAGCAUUCCUAUCUGGAUUUCAACUGUGAUGUGGAAAUAUGCCCAGGAAAUCUGUUGAAACUACUAAAUUUCCUCCUGUAGGAUACUAAACUGUCUUUGGCUACAAAGGAUUUCAUUAAUAAUGAGGGCUGGAACUGCACCAGCAACAAAGGUUGAAAGUUUACUAGUUGUCAAAUCUGACUCGUCCAUUAUGUCACAAAGCUUAAACUGUCUGGUCAUCUUAAAGACAAUUACCGGAUUAUUUAUUGAUAAAGCAACUGCAGUCCAUUAAUUGUACAGAUAGGAUUGAAAACUUUCCCUGGAAGAGCAUUUUUUUUUUUGAUUUGGAACACGGUUGUGAAUUCUGUUUAUUAAAAUGUAUACCCUCAGUAUAACAGAUUACUGUAUUUGGAAUCCAUAAUAUAUGAGGCAUGGUGAAAAUAAGAAUAGAGAUUUCAUAUAUCUCUAUACUUUUCAAACAUCAGUAUCUUGAAGUAUUGGAUUCUCUUUCAGUCAUUCUUUUUGUGAAAUUAUGAUAAUCUCUAAAAGUCCACUUUGUGCAGCUCUGUGUUAAAUUUUCCCUAACGAUGUAUUUGCAUGCUCACCUUUUAAAAUUGAAUUUCUGAUUUUAUAUGUCAAAAGUCAAUUUUGUGUCAAGAGAAUAUAGGAUCAUACAGCAAAUAGAAAAUAUUUUAGUUUUAGUGGGUCUAUAGGUUAUAUAUUUUCUGAGGUUUUGCAGUAAAAUUUAUACAACCAUUGUAAAAAAAAAUGCAUGAAAUCCAUUGGUGACCACUACUUUAAAAUGCAACAAGGUUGACCUAUAUUCAAAGCAGAACCAAAUCAUCGUGCUUUACAAAACUGAUGGAGAGGAAUUAUAGAUACAGCCUUGGAGUUUAAAGAGAGAUUUGGGAAAAUGGGGAAAGAGAUAGGAGAAUGCAGCUGCUGCAGUCCCCUGCUGCUCCAAUUAACUCUAUUUACAUUUUUCCCUAAAUGGCUUCUACCCUGUAUUUCUUCAUUAAGUCAAAUAGCAUGCACUUGGUACUCUUCUCAGACAUUACAUUCUCAGAGCUUAAGUAUCUUCACAACAGAUGUAGUCUUCCUGUUCCUCUUAUGCAUCUAUGUUCAAUUGCCCUGCUUGAGCCUUCAUUUUAACUCUAAGCACUUUCCAGAGUGAAAAUUGUAUGAUGUGGUCUCUGAGUUCUGUUACAACUUUGAAUUUCCUGUUAUUACUUUAUAAUUCAUAGAUAGCAUUGCCAGUUAUCAUGAAGGGAAAGUGUAUGAGUUCCAUGUUUAAUGUUAUGUGCAUUUGGAUUGGUGUAUUUCAGUGCUCCUGAGAAAAUGUUUAUUUUUAUAUUUUUCGUGAUGUAAUACUGUUGAUUAAACUAGGUUUAUUUGUGAUGAAUCUUGCUAUUUGAUUUGCUUAUGGAAACAGUUUUACUUGGUAUUUGAGGAUUUUUUUUCAGGUUCAUCUAAAAUAAUCAGGCUAGAGAAAAAAAGACUCUCAGUCAUGCAUAAAUGUCAUGAAUUAAAGGCUCUACAUUUUCUAUAGAGCAUCAUGUCUUUGCAUACCAGAUGUUUGUGAUAGCUUUGGAAAAUAGUGUUUUUAUUAUUGCUGUUGUUAUUUUUGGUGUUAGGCAUGGCACUCAAGUCCUUGAUCAUUUUCCAUUGGCAACAGAAUUUCAGUACAGUCAUGAGUUAUUAGUGUCAUACCUACCAUAGGCAACUAAACCUGAAAAUAACCCAAUAAAAUGCUGAAACAUUA